AUGACGAUGCUGCUGGACGGAGGGCCGCAGUUCCCGGCGUUGGGGGUGGGCGGCUUUGCGGCGCCCCGCCACCACGAGAUGCCGGGUCGCGACGCCGGCGGCGGCGGCAUGGGGCUGGGCCCCUUCGGGGACUCUUCGCACGCCGCCGCCUUCAAGCUGAACGCGGCCCCGCACGACCUCGCCGCCGGGCAGAGCUCGGCAUUCACGCCGCAGGCGCCGGGCUACGCCAGCGCCCUGGGCCACCACCACCAUCACCACCACCACGCCGGCCAGGUGCCCUCCUACGGCGGGGCCGCCGCCUUCAACUCCACCCGCGACUUUCUGUUUCGCAACCGCGGCUCCGGCAUCGCGGACGCGGCCUCCGGCACAGCGCAGCACGGGCUCUUCGGCGGCUCCCCCGGCGGCUUGCACGGCCCCGGCGGCAUCCCGGACACCCCGGGCUACCUGCUCUUCCCGGGGCUGCACGAGCAGAGCCCGAGCCACACGUCCCCCAACGGGCAUGUGGACAACGGGCAGAUGCACCUGGGGCUGCGCGGGGACCUCUUCGGGCGGCCGGAUCCCUACCGGGCCGUCUCCAGCCCCCGCACGGACCCUUAUGCCGGCGCCCAGUUCCACAACUACAACCACAUGAAUAUGAAUAUGGGCAUGAACGUGGCGGCCCACCACCACCACCACCACCACCACCACCACGGCCCCGGCGCUUUCUUUCGGUACAUGCGCCAGCCCAUCAAGCAAGAAUUGUCCUGCAAGUGGCUCGACGAGAGCCAGCUCAGCCGGCCCAAGAAGAGCUGCGACAGGACUUUCAGCACCAUGCACGAGCUGGUGACCCAUGUCACCAUGGAGCACGUCGGGGGGCCGGAGCAGAACAACCACAUCUGCUACUGGGACGAGUGUCCGCGGGAAGGCAAGUCCUUCAAGGCGAAAUACAAACUGGUGAACCACAUUCGGGUGCAUACGGGGGAAAAGCCCUUCCCGUGCCCCUUCCCGGGCUGCGGCAAGAUUUUUGCCCGCUCCGAGAACCUCAAGAUUCACAAGCGGACGCACACAGGUGAGAAGCCUUUCAAGUGCGAGUUUGAGGGCUGCGACAGGCGCUUCGCAAACAGCAGUGACAGGAAGAAGCACAUGCACGUCCACACCUCGGACAAGCCCUACAUCUGCAAGGUGUGCGACAAAUCCUACACCCACCCCAGCUCACUUAGGAAACACAUGAAGGUGCACGAAUCCCAGGGGUCGGACUCUUCCCCUGCGGCCAGUUCGGGGUACGAGUCCUCCACCCCCCCUGCGGUGGGCUCCGCCGGCAGUAAGGACUCCACUAAAACGCCGCCGGCCGCCCUGCAGAGUAACCCCGGCCAUAACCCUGGACUGCCCCCCAAUUUUAAUGAGUGGUAUGUGUGAAGGCAGCUGCUGCCCGGCCACAGACUGGACCAAAUGCAUAGGGAA